CUGCGCGUGGGGCACCGGAGAGCGAGUCCCUCGGUCCCCGCGAGUCGGCGCUUUUGGCCCCCGCGGGAGGGGCCGGGCUUGGUGAGCGACUGGCGGGGCCUCGGGUCCGAGUCCAGGGGGCGACGUGGGCCGCGGACACCGCCAGCCGUGGGCCCUGCGUCCCUCCCGGUAGCCGUGUUUCUGUCCAUGAGGCCUCCGGCUGUGUGCAAGCUGGUCAGCGCGAAGCUGCUGCUUGCCCCUGGAUCGGGGCCCGCGCCGUUGUCACCUCCUCAGAGAGCCCCAGUCGCCCUCAUCCAGGGCGAUUCUGCGCCCCGGGGGACUUUUGACUGUAGCUGGAGACGGCUGUGGUUGUCACAAAUUGUGGGGAGGGGAGGCUGCUACUGUCACCUAGAGGGUGGAGGCCGGGGAAGAGGGACUCUGCUCGCUCUUAAAGAUUCUACGUUGUACAGGACAGUCCCCCACAACAAGGAAUUAUCAGUAGUGCCAGGUUUGGAAACCCUGCUCUAGGGCCUUAAAAAAAAAAUACCUACAGUUCUGAAUAAACCGUAUACAUUGUUAAAAAUUCAGCUUAGUCACUUACUAGGGCCUCUAAGUGACAAGAUAUUUUUAAAGCCUCUGGAGUCACCAUAGAAGCUCUCUCCAGUCUAAUAAGUUGAGCAAGUCAAAUGCACACAGCGUUAAGCUGCUUUCUCCCCUCUUAAGGAGCAGAUGGCCGGAUAGGAAUCAGAUGAGAAAAACAUCAUUCAAGCUCAGAUUCGUGUUGAAGCCUGCCGCAAGGUCCACCUGUCGUUGUGGAUUUGUGUGUGACCAGGAAUUCAGGAGCGGCUUGGCUGGAAGGCUCUGGCUGGAAACUUGCAGAAGGCUGUCAGCUGAGUUCGUAUCAUCCGAAGGCUCAACCGGUACCGGGGGCCACUCCAUGGCCUGCGAGUCAGAGCUGGCUGUCGGUGGGAGGCCUCAGUUCCUCUCCACAUAGGCCUCUACACAGGGCCACUUGAGCAUCUUCCCAGCAUGGCAACUGGCAUCCCCUAGAGCAGCAUCCAGGAGACCAAGACGGAAGCAGCUUCAGUGCCUUCUAGGACCUGGGCCCUGGAAGUCAACCCUGUACCCAUCCCCGCUGUCUCCUCAGCCAUAUUCUGCUGGUCACACAGAGCUCCGUCCUGAGAGCGCUGUGGAAUAAGGGAGGAGCGUCCUGCUUCCCGGCUGCCCUGUUGCUGUCGGAGUCACAGGAUGGCAGCCGUCGUCCUGCCCCCGACUGCUGCUCCAUCUUCCCCGUUCCCAGCCUCUCAGCAAAAAGGACACACAGAGAGCGGAGAGCUGGUUGAUGAGCUCCUGACAAGCUGGCUACGGGGCUUGGUGACCUUCGAGGAUGUGGCCGUGGAGUUCACCCAGGAGGAGUGGGCAUUGCUGGACCCUGCCCAAAGGACACUGUACAGGGACGUGAUGCUGGAGAACUGCAGGAACCUGGCCUCGCUGGGGUGUCGUGUUAAUAAACCCAGUCUAAUAUCCCAGUUGGAACAAGACAAGAAGGUGAUGACAGAAGAAAGAGGAAUUCUACCAAGCACCUGUCCAGAUUUGGAGACUCUACUUAAAGUCAAAUGGUUAACUCCUAAGAAGCAUGUUUUCAGAAAAGAACAGUCUAAAGGUGUAAAAACGGAAAGAAGUCAUCGUGGAGUGAAACUCAAUGAAUGUAAUCAGUGUUUUAAAGUCUUCAGCACAAAAUCUAAUCUAACUCAGCACAAGAGAAUUCAUACUGGAGAAAAACCCUAUGACUGUAAUCAGUGUGGGAAGUCCUUCAGUAGCAGAUCUUACCUUACUAUUCAUAAGAGAAUCCACAAUGGGGAGAAACCCUAUGAAUGCAAUCACUGCGGGAAAGCAUUUAGUGAUCCCUCAUCCCUUAGACUGCAUGUGAGAAUUCACACCGGAGAAAAACCCUACGAAUGUAACCAGUGUUUUCACGUCUUCCGCACCAGUUGUAACCUCAAAAGCCACAAGAGGAUUCACACGGGGGAGAAUCACCAUGAAUGUAAUCAGUGUGGAAAAGCUUUCAGCACAAGGUCCUCCCUCACUGGGCACAAUAGCAUUCAUACAGGGGAGAAACCUUACGAAUGUCACGACUGUGGGAAAACCUUCAGGAAGAGUUCCUAUCUGACACAGCACGUAAGAACUCAUACUGGAGAAAAACCCUAUGAAUGUAAUGAGUGUGGGAAAUCCUUCAGCAGUAGCUUUUCUCUGACUGUGCACAAGAGAAUACAUACCGGAGAGAAACCCUACGAGUGCAGUGACUGUGGAAAAGCCUUUAAUAAUCUCUCAGCUGUGAAGAAACACUUAAGAACUCACACUGGAGAAAAACCCUAUGAAUGUAAUCAUUGUGGGAAAUCCUUCACAAGUAACUCCUACCUUUCUGUACACAAGAGAAUACAUAAUAGGUGGAUAUGAAUUAACUGCGGGAACUUCUGGGGGAAAGCACUCAUUGAUCUUUCAUCCCUAAGAUAGUUUGAGAGAGCUCACACUGGAUGUAUAAGUUAUUUGUUGCAGCAUAACAAAUGAUCCCCCAAAACUCUGUGGCCACAAACACCAAACAUUUAUUAUCUCACAAUUUCUACAGGUCAGGAAUUCAGGAACAGCUUAUCUCUGUAGUUACAUGGCAGGAUCUCUCAUGCCCUUACUUACAGUCAAGAUGUCAGCCAAAGCUGUGGCCAUCUAACAUCUUUACUGAUGAACAGUCCACUUCCAAGAUGACUCAUUCACAUGCCUGGAAAGUUGGUGUUGGUUGUUGUCAGGGGACGUUCAGUCAUUACCAUGCAGGCCUCUCCACAUAGGCCUCUUUACAAGGCCGAGUUCCUUUCUGAUUUGGCAAUAAGUUCUCCCGAAGGUUAGUGAUCCAAGAGGCGACCAGUACAGAGGCCAAAAUGACUUUUAUGACCUAUCCUCAGGAGGACUGCUAAGCUUUCACUUAUUUCCUAUUGUGUUGGUCUCAACACACCAAUCCUGAUACAAUGUGAGAGACUACAGAAGGAAACAGAUCACUCAGAAACAUCUGGGAAACUUGCCAUGGAAUUAAUGAAGUAAAGCCCUCAGCACAUCAUCCUUUUAAUCUAAUCAAUAUGAAAUAGCAUUCAAUAACUCCUAUUAAUUCACUCUGAAGAGAAACCUUUUGAGGACAAUCUGUGUGGUAAAGCUCUCAGCUCAAACUCUCACGCUUAUGGGCCCAGAAGGUUAUGUACUGAGAGAAUCCUGAAGAAUGGAACAGCUGUAGGAAAGCCUUCAGUGCUAUCAGCAGGGAUUCGUGUGACAGCUCACACUAAGAGAGAAAACCUGUGAAGGUCAUCAGAGUGCAGAAGCCUUCAGGGACAGUCAUCCCUUAAGACACACAUUGGAAAUCACACAAUGGAACAACACUCAGAAAUGCGGAAUAUCCUACAGCAAAAGUGUUCACAUUUCUGAGCAAACUGUAAUGUGGUAUUCCGCAGUGACUAUGGGAAAGCCUUGAAUGUUCUCUCAGUUUUUAAGGGACUUGCGGAUUAAUUCUGGGGUGAAUGCCCCAUUGAACAUCAUCAAUAUUGGAGAGCUUUCCGGUUUUCCACAUUUGUUAGGAAACUUGUGAGCAUUCACACUGCAGAGAAACUUGCAAAUAUAAAGAAAAAGAAAAAGCCUUCAGUGAUGCCUCUGUGUUAUGGAAAAUAUGGAACUUCGCCCUGGAUGCAAAACCUAUGAGUAUAUUAAUAUUGGAAUAUUUUUCAGUGAUUCUUCUCUUUCUUGUAUAUGAGAGAACUAACAUGGAGAAACCCCUAGGAAUGCAAUCAGUAUUAGGAUGCCUCAGCCUCAACUCUUCACUGAGUGGCCACAAUUUUCACUGGGAACAAAAAGUAUGAUAACUCUUUUGAGUGUGGGAUUUCCUACAUCAGUGUCUCAUCUAUAGAUUGGACUGCUAACUCAUUAACUUUUUAGUCUUUUUUCUUUUAACAUAAACAUGUGUAUAGCUGUUCCCUAAAAUAAACAUUAACUUAUAUUUCGUAAUUUUAAUGCAAUGUAUUUAUUAUAAUUUGCUUGUUAAAGACAUAUUGCAUAUUCAAAAAUUAUUUCCAAAUACCUUCUGAGUGAUUCGGUUUAUCAUAAUGGAAAUUAGUAUUUGUAAUACACGUUUUUCUAAUUUAAUGGUGUUUUUGUCAGAGCACAUGAGCUUCAUGAUACUGAUUAUUCUCUCUCUUGAUAUGCCAAAUAUGUUGGCUUCUUUCCCAGUGUCCAUUCUCCUCCAUUUAUUUGCUUAAAGAAAGAAACAUGUUCAAGUUGUCUGUGAAUGGUAUCGAAUGUUCUCAAUCUUAGAGUUUUUCUUGAAGCCCAGGCAAGUUUUUUCCCACUCACCUGGCAAUGAGAAGUAAGUAGAAGUCACUGUGGGGAACAUCUCCUGGCUCGUUCUCGCUUAUUUUCCAUUCAUCUCACCCAUUCUGUCUCUUGGAAGGUGGCCUCAAGGUCUAGAGUUUGAAGAACUUCUUUAUGACCAUGAUGACAGAAACCAAAAGUGCAGCCAAAAAUCACAAUGCUCUGGACUCUCCAAGAGCCUCCGAUUGGCUGCAUCUGCUCUGAACUCCUUAUUGUUACACUUCUUACAUGACUAAAAGAAACCCCUAACGAUCAUGAGGUCAGGAGAUCAAGACCAUCCUGGCCAACAUGGUGAAACCCUGUCUCUACUAAAAAUACAAAAAAAUUAGCACAGCAUGGCAGCACGCACCUGUAGUCCCAGCUACUUGGGAAACUGAGGCAGGAGAAUUGCUUGAACCUAGGAGGCGGAGGUUGCAGUGAGCCGAGAUCGCGCUACUGUACUACAGCCUGAUGACAGAGCAAGACUCCGUCUCAAAAAAAAAAAAAAAAAGACACAACUGAUUGAAGCCAACAUGAUCUGUUGUUUGUUUAUGAGGUGGUGUUCUGUUAACUUCCAGCAGGAUGCAGAAUCUAACUGGUAAACCUAUAAAUUGGUCAAAUUUUACCCAUGUUGUUUCUUUGAAAACAAUGUAUAUUCUCUAAUAUUUGGAUAUAGGGUAUAUGCACAUUAAUGCAACUUAAUUGUAUUUCCAAGUACAGUACAUAUGUUCAGAUUUCUUUUUCUAACCUUAUUUAGUGAUAGAGGUGUGGUAAACUCUUCCAUUAUGUUUAUGUAUUAACAUAUUGUAAUUUUGUGAUUUUUAUAUAUUUUGAUGUUAUGUAACUAGAUGCAUAAGGAUUAUGUAUUCUGUAUUGUUCCUUUUUACGUGGAGAUGAUAUUUUUACAUGGCAAAGUAUUGUAAUGCAUUAAUAAUAAAUGGUCAAACAUUUAUUUA